UAAUGGCUGCUCUGCUGGAGGAACUCUCUGGGGUGGCAAAAUGAAGCGGAGAAGGGCUUGAUUGUAUAACCGUAAAGCCUUCCACCACGUUUUGUUGGUAGGACUUUUAAAACAAGCGAAUCAACAUUCCCAAGACAACUGGAAUACGCUAGUUUCCUCUCUGAAGCUAAGAGAUGAUGAAGCUGAAGUCCAACCAAACGCGGACAUAUGACGGGGACGGUUAUAAACAACGAGCAGCUUGCCUGUGCUUCCGCUCGGAGUCUGAAGAGGAGGUGCUGUUAGUGAGCAGUAGCAGAUACCCAGAUAAGUGGAUCGUCCCCGGUGGGGGAAUGGAGCCAGAGGAGGAACCGAAUGUGGCGGCUGUGCGGGAGGUGUGCGAGGAGGCUGGCGUCAAAGGAACAUUAGGGCGACUGGUUGGGAUAUUUGAGAACAGAGACAGAAAACACAGAACGUAUGUGUACGUCCUUAUUGUAACCGAAGUCCUGGAGGACUGGGAGGAUUCUGUCAAUAUAGGAAGGAAAAGAGAGUGGUUUAAAACAGAUGAUGCACGGAGAGUCCUGCAGUGCCACAAACCUGUUCAGGCGUCAUAUUUUGAGGCACUGCAACAAGAAUGUCUGACCAGCAACGGCACAUCAUUGGUGGCCACGUAUAACAUUUCCCAGAGUUCUCUCUCCGGGGUCAGAUAACUAACACUAGCUCCCACAGAAACAUCUGGAACCUUGACCCUUUUUCAUACCCUACCUAGCACCUGCCACUCCUACAACCACCAACCACAACUGUGACUCUUAGAGACAUCAGCACAGAAACAGUACCAGUGACUGAAGAUGUUUGCCUUGAUAGUUUUCUGGAGUCCGACUGAUGGUACUGACUGAAAUAGCGCUGGACCUGGAAGACAAAGAACACUUUCUUAACAGAAUGAUUUGUUCUUUUUCUUUUUUUCUAUUGUUGUUUUGCAUGAAAAGUCCUCUCCAGGUGGUGAGUGUGAGGGCUGCCGAAUGCAGUCACGUUUUGCUGUCGUCUCGUAAAGUGACUAUCCUUAAAUGAAGUUUUGAAGAAGGAUGUGUUUUUCUCUCCCUGUGUUCACCCCCUCUGCCAUACGAUUACGGUGUUGAUGUAUAAGAGUGAAUGGACACUUGGGGAGCUGUCUGGUUUGCAUGAGCACGGGUAUUUAAAUGUCUUACACGAAUGGACAGUCUUAUAUUUAAUGUCAUGUAACUGAGAAGAAUGUAGAAUUGUGGUACAUAUAACUUUCUUUUUUUAAAAAUAAUUGAAAUCUAAAAAUGAUUACACCAGAACUGCUUGAAGAUUUGGAGGAACAAGUGACGAGCUAUGCUGACAUAACAUUGUGUAGACUUCUCUGCCGAUAAGUGUGACUAUCAGCAGAUUUUUUAUUUCUUUUUUCUUUAGUGGUGAAGGUAAUCUGUUGUGUCAGGUGCAAUGCUGUAAUGUAACAUUUCAGGCCAGGCCCUAUUCAAUUUUGAAGCUUAAUCCUCAGAUUACAAGGAAAUGAUAUAGACCAAAUUACACUGUCCACAAACACUGAAACCAGUGUUCAUCAAAAUGAAUCAUUAUGGCCUUUCCCCAGUUUGGUACCUAACCACAUCUGUAGUCUUUCACCUGUCCUCUUGGCAUCUGUAAUAGAUGUCAAAGACUAGAUGUCGCUGGUCUGGUAGUCUAAAUUAGUCUAAGUCUGGUAGUCUGUUGUUAGUCUAAUAACUGAAUACUGCCAUCUGGUGGUUAUUUUGGGAAACAUGCCACAUUACUUAAACUCAUUGAACCAUUUCAAAUCUGGCCGAGUAGUGUCAGGAAGGGAGAAGGAGGGGAAUUGGUAGGGACUUAAACACGUUAUGUGAAAAAUACCAGUACUCACUUUAACAUUCAGAUGCCUGGCAUCACCCAAAAGUAGCAAUGACAGAAACUGUCCUGGUUUACAGUUGGACUUUUUUUGUAUUUAGAGACUUUAAAAAAUAUGAAAAUAAAGCAGUCAGAUUACUCUAGAACACCCGUUGCCAAAAGCAGGCGUUAUCCUCUGUGUAAAAGAGCAAGGAGGAAAUACGUGUAGGACAGUUGAGACUUCCGUGGAGGUCGUUUAUCUAUCUAGGUAAGUUAUUUUAGAGAAUGAAGCCCUCCCUGGUCCUGUGAACUGAACUGCCUGCACUGACAGUCUGUGCCCAUAUUUCAGUGUUUCACAGAUGCUGACGGUCACGCACAAUCUGUGGAUUCUGAAUUCAUACUCUGUUUUGUUGUUCUUACAGAGCCUGUUAUUGCUCAUUCAAACAGUGUUUUGCAAAACUUUAUUUAUUGACAUAUUUGUGGUUUUAUUGUGAUGAAUCUGUGCAUUCAUCUCUCUCACACACUAUGGAAUUAACAUGGAGGUGUGUGAGUUGAAGCAAGUUGACGUGAACGUGUGUGUGUGUGUGAGA